AGCAUUUGUUGCAAACCGCUACCUUAACGCGGGUCUGUCGCGAUACUUUUCGGGCUGAAGUACAGCCCACACCUUGAACGGAGGGUCGUUGGCUUCAACAGUUUACCAUGGCUCCGCUGAAGUUCUGUGCUAAUAUCUCCUGGUUGUUCGCGGAGCUUCCAGACUUUACUCAGAGAAUAUAUGCGGCCGCUUCGUGCGGAUUUCAGGCAGUAGAGGCGGCCUGGCUUUAUGACUGUGAACUCCAGGAGCUUCAGAGAGCCAGGAAAGCCACAGGUGUCGAAGUGAUUCUUAUCAACACCCCACCAGGUAAACACUAGUAAGGACUUCGGGGACCAGAAUGCUGCUCUGUAUCAUAAAUACAAACGGAAGUUCAAGAUCAGACCCUGGAGAUGGCGGAGAGGAUGUCACAUGCUGUUUGUUUGUGUUUGUGUCUGUUUUUGUUGUAGGGGAUGUUAAGUCUGGGGAUCUUGGUCUUGGAGCAGUGCCUGGAAGAGAGAAGGACUUCAGAGAGGGUCUUGAUCUGGCUGUGCGGUAUGCAAAAGCUUUGGAGUGCAAAAGGUGAGGCAUUGGCAGAUCAGAGAUCUGUAAAGUGGUUUUAAGGGUCACAUCACACCUAAACCUUUACCAUGAAAUCUGAAAAGUUGAUUUGUGUCUCAAACUCAAGGCUAGGUUGUUUUAGGACCCCAGCCUCUUGUACAUCUGCAGGACAAUGCUGAAGUAUGAUAACAGCAGAAUGAACAGACUUAUCUAAAUGGCUGGUGAGAUUGUGGAGGAGGAAGCCAGACUCCGUGACAGUGAAGUCAGAGAAAAGAAGGCUGUCCAAGCUACAUGAUAACCCUGUCAAUGUCUGUCAUCCACUCCAUCACAUUCUGGUAAACACAGAGAAAGUAGUUCAUGCCUAUGGCAGUGGAUUUUAUAAUGGAUUUCAGACACUGUCAGAUCUCAGGGUCGGCAGCUUCAUUAUUUAAAUCACCUUUAUUUAUCCAAUCAGGUGAUACACAUAUUUUCAAAAGGCAAAUAUCUGUACCUAUCAGAAUCAGAAUCAGCUUUAUGGGCCAACUGUCUUACACAUACAAGGAAUUUGACUCGACUAAACUUUGCUCUCUCUAGUCUGUACUAAAAUGAGAUAAUACACAAAUAUGAACAAGCUCAGACAUUUAUUUUCUAUAUACAGACUGUUUUAGGCAGUAUUGUUAUGGUGAGGAGUGAGUGCAGAGGAAUGUAGACUGCUAGAGAAUAUGUAUCAUUAUAUGAGGUAUAUUACAUGAGGUAGAUAUACUUUUGUAUACAUAAACAUUAUAUUAAAUAUUAAAUAACUGUGUGCAGAGGUACAUGUCAGAUGAGAGUAUGAUGUCUGCUGUCAGAAUAUGUGGAGGAGUUGUUAUUAACAACAGUAGUUAUAAAGGUUUUACAGAUGAACAGUAAUCUAAUGUCACAGUGAGUGUUCGUCAGGGGUAAUUGCUCAGUGGUAGGUCUGUGUCUCUGUGAACGUUAGGAGUCCAUUAGACCAACAACCCAUGGGAAGAAACUGUACAAUCCCACAUUUAAAUUUAACACGACAUUCGUAUCCGUACGUACACUUCAGAUUUACUUAAGUAUUUCAGAUUCUGAUCUUGACUCCUGGUCUCAGUUUUGGGUUAUCAUCUUUGAGGAUUAAUGCUUAGAAACAGCUGUAUUUCCAGAUAAACCAGCAGCACCAUUUUAAGUAGGACAUAUGUAACAAGUGACUCCUUUGUAUAAAGGAGUAGAUAGUUCCUGAUAAUUAUCGGAUAAUAUCCAAACUACCCUGUCUGUCAAAAAUCCUGGCAUUACUGAUAAAUAAUCAAUUCCAAAAUUUCCUCACAGUAUAUUCCUUUUUAAGACUCUGUCUGUCUGGUUUUAGACCCAUGCAUAGUAUAGUCUCUGCUGUCACUUCAGUGGUCAAUAAUGUUAUCCUUAAUUCAGACUAAAAGGCAUUGUUUUGCUGUUUCCAUUGACUUAUCACAAGCACUUGAUAGAGUUGAUCAUCGACUCUUAGUUCAGUCACUUCUAACAAUGGGUUUGAUUUAAAUAGUUUUUAAUGGUAAAUAGAGAGCAAUGUGUAAAAGCUGGAAAUACUCAGUCUAAGUUUAUAACAUUUACAAAAGGUGCUCCACAAGGAUCAAUUUUAGGACCCAUCUUUUUCACUACAUACAUUAAAAAUAUUGUAUCUUCUGUAACUGACAGUAAUAUUCAUCUUAAUGAAGAUGGUACUAUUUUAUACUGUUCUGCUAAUUCUGUACAUAAACUACAGUUGAUAAACUACAACUUGCUCCUAACAGUCUUCAGAAUGUAUCUAGAAGUAUAAAACUUGUUUUAAAUGCCAGCAAAACUAUAUUUAUGGUAUUCUUUAAAGACAGAAAUGUUGACUUUAACAGUCUACAGAUAUCAACACUUGGUGGUCGCAAUAUCGAAAGGGUUACGGUUAGGGUUGCAAAGGGGCGGAACAUUUCCAGAAACUUUUCAUGGGAAGUUAAGCUGGGGAAUUUUGGAAAUUUCCAAACUGGAAACUUUCCAUGAGAAUUAUGGGAAUUAUAGGAAUUAUUGGAAAUUAACUGGAAAUGGGGGGUAAUUCAAACAAACUGUAUCAUAUUCAAACAUAAAUGUAAAUAUUUUUGUUUUGUCAAAAACAGACAACCAUGCAAAAUAUUACAAUUAAAAAACAUGACAUUUCAACAGAUUUAUUUGAGUAAAACUUUAGUUUUAAUUCUAGUAUGAACAAUUAAUUAUUUUAAUGAACAACAAAAACAUGAAAAAAAAAGUCCCAAUCAAAAUGUUAAAUGAAAGGACCCCCCCUCUCCAAAAAUAGCCCUAUUCAACAUGUAAAACAAAACCCUAUUCCCUCACGCUUCGUAAGCCUAGUUUAUGCAUGUUCUACAUUUUUGCCAAAACCUUUCAGGCAAUGGCCUCUUCAACAUCUUCCAUUGUCACCUCCUCAACAUCUGCCUCCUACUCCUCCUCUUCAGUGUCACUGUCCAGCCUUGUUGAAGAUGGCUCUGUGUCAGGCUCAAAGAGCCUUAGGUUUGCCCGAAUAGCCACCAGUUUUUCCUCUCUCACUUUUGUGAGCCUGUUGCAAACCUUUGUGUGUGUGUUCUCGAACAGUGACCAGUUGCGCGCAGCGGUGGCUGAUGAUGGUGGGAUUUGGAGGAUGAUGGAGGAUACAGGUGCAAGGCAGGACCUUCUGAAUUUUUUCUUUGAGGUUGACAAAGAGACAGUGGACAUCUGAUAAGAUGGCAUCAUCACCCUCUAUUUUGGCAAUUGCUUCUGCAAUUGGUUUGAGGAUUCUCAGGCUGCUAGUCACUCUUUCCCAGAACACACCAUCCAACAAGAUUUUUUUGAUGUCACUUUCAAUACUUACAGUCUAGGACAUGGCCAUCACUUGCAGAGACUCCUUUCCCUCCAGUAGACAGUCUCAAAUGUCUUGUGCUUUGAGCUCAAAAGUGUGGCCUCCAGGGUUCAAGAAAUCAUCUGUGCAUGUGAUGAAGGAAUGCACAGUGCAUGUAGGCGGUGUGGCCUUAAUAGCCCUGCAUUAAGUGGUGUGCUGUGUACAUGUAAUGGAGGAGUGUACUUGCAUUAAAUCUGGUUGUUUUAGCCAAGAUUAUGCUACAGUAUAUUUUCACCAACUAUAUUUAAGUUUCCUGUUGAGGGCCAAUCUUCAAUUUUGUAAAUUUUGUAAAUUGAAUUCUCAUUAAUUCCCACGGAAGUUUCCAACUCUGAAAAUUCCUGGAAUUUUGCAACCCUAGUUACAGUGUAUAGAUAUCUAGGUAUCUGGCUGGAUGAAUCACUUUUGUUUAAGCAUCAUAUUAAACACCUUGUCGGUAAACUAAGUCAGACAUUGGGGUUUCUUUAUAGAAAUAGAUGCAAUUUUCCUGCUUGUUGUAGAAAAGGUGUUGUUGAAACAGUCUUCUUGUCAGUCCUUGAUUAUGGGGAUAUUUUCUACAGACAUGCUGCUGCUUCUAUUCAAAUCCCUGAGGUCAGUUUAUCACACUGCCCUCAGAUUCAUAACUGGAGAUAUUCAUAACUGGAGACGAGAUAAACACUUGGAUUUUUUAAUAUAUAUUAUCCCUGAUUGGACACUCACCUGCAUAGUUUAGUUUUAACAAACACCUUAGUGGUGCAGCUUGGACACAUCUUCAGUGAUGAACCCAGGGUCACGGGGUGUUUCGGGUCUUGGAUCAUCAGACACCCUCACCUGGGCGACCCAGCCGGGGCUGAUCAGACCCCGACUUGUGUCCAAGCAGCGCACUAAACCAUUUAUCGCCCUUCUUGAUCCAAAGCCACCUAGAGGCUUUCUCAGCUGCCUCACAGAUGUUCUUGGUGGCUUUCCUCUCUUGAGCCCCCCUGAUUCCAAGGAGCCUGAGUGCCCGAUGCAGGCUCUGUCCUGGGAAUCCUCUGCAACCAACCUCAAUGGGCUCACAGCGGGCCCUCCACCCAUUAAGCCUGCAGUCCUCCACCAGCUCCAGGUAUUUAGCCUUCUUCCUCUCAUAGGCUACCUCGAUCCGGUCUUCCCAGGGUAUUGUCAGUUCCAGUAACACUACCUGCUUCGAACUCUCUGAUGUUAAGACCAUGUCCGGCCUGAGUGUUGUGCUGGUGAUGUGCUCCGGAAACUUCAAUUGCAUACAUUACAUCUCUGCUAAACUUGAACUCUGGGCAUUACCAGACUCGCUCUACUGUCUAAUGCUUCAGGUUUCACAAGUUUUCUCUGAAUUUGAAAAAUGUGCUUUUAGCUUUGAGGCUCCAAAAAUGUGGAAUUAUUUGCACCAAAGUCUCAAAAUUGACACUUAAGUUUCUCUAGGACGAUUCAAGAUGUUGAUGACAAACCAUUUUCCUGUUGUGUGUCACUGUUUUAAAUAAUUACUGUCAUUUUUGUUGUUUUAUUUCUCUUUUUAAUGUGAAUUCUGUAUCUCGACAUCAUUGUAAACAAAGGUUAAUAACAAUAGUAUAACCUGUUUAUUUUGAUUUAUGUAAAAAGUUUGUGGUUAAUUCAACAGGAUCCAUCUAAUGGCAGGAAGGAUUCCCGUAGAUGUGAACAGAAGUCAGGUUGCCAAGGAGAUGGAGACUGUCUUUGUACACAACCUAACCUACGCUGCUGAUAUCCUGUCAAAGGUGGGUGACUUUAACAAAACAGCAACAAUGCUGCAUGAAUGGACCAAAAUUGGAUUUCUGCAGAAACCUGCUCAGACAGUGCAUGGAGUUAGCUGUGGAUCAAACAAAUUGAUAAAUGAUUGAAAUAUGACCGAUAGCAAAAAAUUUAAUUGACACUAAAAUAAAAACUACAAAAAUAAAAGCGGGAGUUCAGAGGAAAGGAAUGACAUACAGAUGAGGAAUUUAUGUUUUUUAAUUAUAACAAAUGUACCCAAAUAAACAAAAUACAGUUGAAACUGUCAGUUGUUACAAUGUUACCAUAUUUUGAUAAACACUUUAGGGGAUGAAAUAGAAAUACCAAAAAUGUCUAGUAUCACACCUGUCUGCAUUGUAUGACAGAAAAAUCUGAAAUUAUAAAGCAAAUUUAUUCAUAGUGUAUGCUUUACAGUUUUCUCAGGCAUCUCUAGAUACAGUUUUUUCAAUGUCCACUGUCACAUAAACAAAUAUACCAUGAAUCAAGUAUUUAACACAGAACUUUAUACAUCUACCUGCCUACUGAGUUCACACUGGAGUCCAACAAAGACCUGAUGGAGCUGAACUACAAAAGCAAAAGUCAGAAAGAGCUUUGAAAGCAGACAGAAAGGCUUAAGGCUUACAAAGAGGAAUUUUCCUCUCCCUCUCCUCUCUCCCUCUGUGAUCACUGGCAGUAUCAAGUAUGUGAUCACUCUCCGGACAUAGUUUGCAAAUGAUGUCAGCUUGUGAUGCUCACAGUGUCAUGCCAGGAUGGCUGUCAGGUAGAGUAUGUUACAGUCCCUCCAUUACUGCUGUGAAUGUUACUUGGAGUAGUAAUCCCUGAUCCUUGGUUAUGUCCGUAUUUUGUGUUUGAGGUACAUUGCAACAGUUGAAUCUGCAAAACCACAGACCAGCUGCUCUUGUAAUUAUGUUUGCAUCACCAUACUUUGAAGUCACUGAUGAGGAUCUACGUGACUGAGCACUGAUAUUACUGUCGAGCUCUCAUUUAUACAGCCAAAUGCUUUCUACAGGAAGGAAUCAUGGGUACGAUUGAACCAAUCAACACAAGGAUUACGGAUCCCAGGUAUUUUCUGGACUCUCCUCAUCAGGGUAUGUUACCAUGCCACCCUUCAGCCCUGGGUGUGAUGUGAAGACUUUGGGCUCUAUUUUCGUGCCUCGCCGGAGACGUGCCGCAGGCACGGCGUAAGUCAGGUCCGCCGCGCCAACAAGGUGUUCCCAAGCACAAUUUGGUAUAUUGGUGAGCGGCGCAGCCUGGCGCAAGUAUCCCCCUCCCUAACUCAGCUCCUCCCAGUGGCGUAAGUUGUAGCGAGGGAGGAGAAUAAUAAUGCAUCAGAUUUCAUAUAGCGCUUUAUCAGAGACCCUCAAAGCGCUUUACAUUGGAUACAUCAUUCAUUCGCUCACACAGUCACACGUGUGGAGUGGGUUUAACACAGCUGAGACCUGUAUUGACCAAUAACAUCAGCUCCUCUCCUCACCUUUAAAUCCGCCACCGGCGAGGUGUAUUACUAUUUUCGUGAAGUAGUCAAAGUGAUCAAGAGAUGUCUAAAGACAUUAAUGCCACACGAUGGAGACAGAAGGCAGCCCCUCAACAAGUGUCUCUGUAAACGCUGCAGAGGGCGUCCUCCACACUCUCUCGUAUGAGCACAGAUGGAUUUUGGGGUGUGUAAUGUUGGACCCACUGGUAAGACAAACACCCUUUCCACAAAUAAAGACACUCACAUAAAGUUGCACAUAUUCAAACCUCACGUGACAAGGGUGGGUUGUGCGCACAGAUCACAACAUAAAUUCCAACAAUGGCAUUAAAAUCGGAACCAUCUGUGCGUAAAUGACGCAUCGCUCCAUGGCCUGGCUCUUUCUUUCAUUGAUGUUGGCAUACAAAAUAAUUUUGGCUCACAAAACUGAAUAUUAUAAUAUCCGUAUGUCGGCUUAAAGUAAAUAACUCAUCUGAUCACUGAAACAAAUCAUCUGUUCAGCCGCCGCAGCAGCAGCUGCAGCAGGACGGGGAGAGGACACAGAGACAUGUCCAGGUCGAGCUGCGCGAGAAAUAAGAGGAAGAGGAAGAAAGAAAAGGAGGGAGACGAAUUACAUAUCUUGUUCACUUCAUCAUGUGUGUCUAUUUACUAGAUAUUUAAUUUAAUUUAAUGCGGUUUCAGUUGUGUUGAUUCGGUCAGGUUGUGUGUCCAAACGCGUGCCAAACGCGCUCAUCAGAUCAGAUAUAGAUCAGAAUAUAUCCAUAGAUCUAAAUGUAUGUGCUGACUCUGAUUAUUAGUUGUUGAUGAUUAUUUAUUGCACUGAAAUGUGCCUGACACUGUGGAAACCUGCAGGUGAGGCAUCAGUGACGUAUGCCGAUACGCCACCGGUCUACCAAAAUACCGCUAGACCAGCUGUGCGCCACCUGCGCUGAAAGCUGACCAGGUUUGAAUCGGCGAGCUUUCAGCGCAGUUUAUACGCCACCGGCGAGCACGAAAAUGUCACUGCGGCAGCUGAUUCUGUCGACAUCUCCCUUUGCCACGCCACCACGCCCAGUUUGGCGGAUCUCGGUGCGCCUCAGUCCACGAAAAUACCACUGUGCUGGGCCUGCCACCCUCCACAGCCUCACCGGCGAACACGAAAAUAGAGCCCUCUAAAUCACUAGAGUGAAAUGAUAAAUUAUUUGUUUCUGCCGCAAAUGCAAUUAAAGCUGCUGUCAUUUAAACCCUGUGUUUAAUAUAAAAUGAAAUUUACCAGAUGUUGAGACUCAAAACUUUUAACGUUUUAUGAAAAAUAAAAACCCAUUAUAAAUUUAGAGUCUUUCUCCAAAUGGGUAAAACCAUUAGGAAAGUCAUUAGUGACCACGCCACGGCUUGUCUCAAGGUCCAGUUUAGCAGCAGACUGACAAUAACAGAAUCAGGCGAGAGUCCAUAUCUCUGUUGGGGGCCAGUAAACAGACCAGCCUCUGUUUGUUAAAAAAUGUAGUCCAGAUCCGAAAUGUUAAUAACUUUGAUAUGUUCUUCGAAAGCCUCCUGGUGAAAGUGCAGGAUCUAAAUGAAUUUCUAGCAGAAGAUGAUUUGAGACUGGGGGUGGUGUUUAUAAAGCAAUGGUUAAUAUGUUCAGCUGAGAGAUGCAGGAUCGCUGUAAAAUGAUAAAUAGUUUCUUUGACAGAAGUAUCAUUGAGCUGACCUCUAAACCUCUUCAGCAGCACUCUCACAGUCCUGCUACCUGCCACAGUGUCUCAGCUGGUUUCUGCUUUUUUACUUCUGUCUGUAGCUGCUGCAAUACUGGAGAAGGUUGGAAAGCCAAAUAUCAAGCUACAAAUGGUAUGUGUUCAGGAAUAUCAGUCACACUGAGAAAAUGUGGGAACUGUGAACCGUUUGACUUAACAUAUCUGUAAACUAUUGCAGGACAUCUUUCACUGGCAAAUAAUGGAUGGAAACCUCACACACAACAUUUCAAAGUAUUUGCCCAUAAUCGGUGAGAUGAUGUGACACGCUGUGAAGUCUGACUUUGUAAGAACAGAAUCAUAAGUGUUAUUGUUUGGUUUAGUUUAUUAUUGUUGGUAUGAUUAUGUGAAGGUGAUUUGGACCUAUAAAAGACUCAGUCACAAAACUAGAAAAGCCCAGUCUUCCAAGGAGUUUUGUCUUUUUUCCUAGGACAUGUUCAGAUUGCCCAGGUCCCAGGUAGAAACGAGCCAGACAGUGCUGGAGAACUCAACUACAGUUACCUGUUCAACAUAUUAGAGAACCACAACUACCAGGGCUAUAUUGGCUGUGAAUACAAGCCACUAGGUAAGAGCCUUUUUUGACAUAUAAAUCCAGGAUGACUGUUCAGAUGUUACAUAUCAUUUCUGUGUACUAUAGGCUCAACAAAGGAGGGUCUGAGCUGGAUGAAGGAUUACUGCAAACACAUGAAGUGAUUGGAACAGGAGUCCGACCACAAAAUGAGGGUCACAGUCUGUUGUCAGUAAGAGCAAGGGGUUCAACGAUGUACUUACAGUUUACACAAGUACAAGUUUGAAUAGUACAGGCUUUAAUACUUUAUAUUAUGUUUUAACUCUGUUUUAACUCUUUAACUCUACUUUGCCUUUCUUAGAGUUGACAUCUACAAUCCAGUGAAAAGCCUUUCUGCACUGUUUGCCAUGAUGAAGGUCCAAAAAUCAUGUUGAAGGAAUUUUUUCAUCUUAAGGCCUCAGCCCAACAGAGACGAAUGGACAGCUGCUCUUACGUACAACAAUGCAGGGUUUUUUAAUUGUAAUAAAAGAUUUUUAACAAAGUGCAGAGAGUAAUUGUGUCCCCUCCUUUCAUGAAUAUUUGGUUCCAUCAUUGUUUCUGACCAGAGAACAUUUUUCCUGACCAGCUUUCAGCAGGUCUCCGACUAUCAGCUUACACUGUUGGUUUGGGAAUGUUUCCUGCAACUGAGAGUACUGUGUUCUACCAAAAACGACCCAAAGCUCAAACUGUGAACCACCUAAAAAGUAAAGUUAUGAUGUACAUCAGUUAAUGGCAGGACUAAAGAAGUACUGUGAAGACAUAAUUUCAAGUAGUUUUUUCCUUGCUUUUUCAUGAUAAUGAGUUUGAGUGUUUUUCUCAAUAAGUGUGUUUUACUUUGAGGUUUCAGACCUCCAAAUAAAUUUUUGUUCACAUUUUAA